AUGGACGUGGCCGGCACCAGCGGAGGCGGUAGCUCGCUGCCGUCGGUGGGGACGGACGCAACGAAGCGGAAGGUGUGCUACUUCUACCACCCGACGAUGGGCAACUUCUACUACGGAAAUGGACACCCGAUGAAGCCCCACCGGGUGCGGAUGACACAUGCCCUCCUUGAGAAGUACGGGCUCCUUAGGCACAUGCGUAUCCUCCGACCCAUCCCCGCCCACGAGCGCGACUUCUGCCGCUUCCACGCCGACGACUACAUCGCGUUCCUUCGCACCGCCGAUCCCUCGGUCGAGAACAACCCCGCCACCUUACGCCGCUUCAACAUCGACGACGUCGAGUGCCCCAUCUUCCAUGGCCUCUACAAGUUCUGCCAGCUCUACGCCGGCGCCUCCAUCAGCGCCGCCAGGCAGGUCAACCUCGACCACUACGACAUAGUCAUCAACUGGUCCGGCGGCCUUCACCACGCCAAGAAGAGCAUGGCCUCGGGCUUCUGCUACGUCAAUGAUGUCGUCCUCGCCAUCCUUAGUCUCCUCGAGACCCGCGACCGUGUUCUCUACGUGGACAUUGAUAUCCACCAUGGAGAUGGAGUAGAGGAAGCCUUCUACACAACUGAUAGAGUAAUGACGGUCUCAUUCCACAAGUUCGGAGGCUAUUUUCCUGGAACUGGGCAUAUAGAUGAUAUCGGAUGUGAUGGAGGAAAAUAUUACGCAGUGAAUGUUCCAUUAGAUGACGGAAUAGACGACGAGAGCUACCUCUAUAUCUUCAAACCUGUCGUAGCAAAAGCCAUGGAAGUCUUCAGGCCAAACGCCAUCGUCCUUCAGUGCGGUGCUGACUCCUUAUCUGGAGACAGGUUGGGCUGCUUCAACCUUUCUGUGCGUGGCCAUGGAGAGUGUGUCAAGUAUAUGAGAUCUUUUAACGUGCCACUAAUGCUGCUUGGCGGCGGUGGCUACACCUUGCAUAAUGUUGCUCGCUGUUGGUGCUACGAGACCGGGGUGGCCCUUGGAAUCGAGGUGAACAAUAAGAUUCCUGAUCACCAAUACAGCGAGUAUUUUGCCCCACUCUACAGAAUCCACCUUCCAACAACGAACAUGACAAACAAGAACUCACGCAAGUCAUUGGAUGAUACCAUAGCGAAGGUACUGGCUAACCUUUCCAAGCUCCAAGCAGCCCCCAGUGUCCAAUUCAAGGAACGGUCGUCUCCUAUGGAUCUCGAUGAGAUUGACGAGGAUGAAGAGGACGCGAGCGAAAGUGAUGAAUAG